GCAUACAACAACAAUCCCAAAUAACUACAACACUCAUGAUCCCCCUUCCAUCCAUGAAAGCCCAAACAAAGCUGUUCCUCACUCACUCUCUCAAAGCAGCUGUUUGAAAGCUCCCUUCUUAUAUAUGCCUCUAACAACAAGACACCUCUUCAAUCCAUUCCCAAGACUCUUUCUCUCUUCUCCCUUACUCUUCCUCUUCUCCUUCUCCUUCUUCUUCUUUCCUUCUUAUUUAUAUCCAUAUCAUCACCCUUCAACCAUCUUCUUUGUCCUCUUUACUCUUACAUAAAAGAAAAUAAGAAGAAGAAGAAGAAGAAGAAGAUGUUUGGAGGUGGCUCCUCGCCGGAGACACCGGUGGAGACAACUCCACCGGCUUCACAGACACCAGACAAUAGUGCUAGCACAAAUAAACGCAAAAGAAGACCUGCUGGCACUCCAGACCCAGAUGCAGAAGUAGUAUCUUUAUCACCAAGAACACUGCUAGAAUCAGAUAGGUAUGUAUGUGAGAUCUGUGGACAAGGUUUUCAAAGAGAUCAAAACCUUCAGAUGCAUCGGAGAAGGCAUAAGGUACCAUGGAAGUUGUUAAAGAGGGAGGCCGGUGCCGGAGAAGCUAGAAAGAGAGUUUUCGUCUGCCCGGAACCAACUUGUCUUCACCAUGACCCCGGCCACGCUCUCGGUGAUCUCGUCGGAAUCAAGAAACAUUUUCGUCGGAAGCACAGCGCCCACAAACAGUGGGUUUGUAACCGAUGUGGUAAAGGCUAUGCGGUUCAGUCCGAUUACAAAGCUCACUUGAAGACUUGCGGCACUCGCGGCCAUUCUUGUGAUUGCGGCCGUGUCUUCUCUAGAGUGGAGAGCUUCAUUGAGCAUCAAGACACUUGUAAUGCAAGUAGAACACGGCCGGAGUUGCAAGUGACGCCGGUGGCAGCAGCAGGUGCAGCUGCGUGUUUGUCGCGCACGGCGUCGAGCCCGAGCCCGUCGAGUGAUACGAACUUCAGCGCAUCGACAUGGCCGGGUCUCCGAAUGCCGAAAUCAGCCAUGUAUUUAAAUCCAGAUAAUACCAUUCAUUCUCACAACCUUGAGCUUCAACUCAUGCCUUCAUCCACUCCACGUAUCACUUCCUUCACUUCUCCGGCCAUCUCUCCGGCUUCCGAUGAGGCACAUGUAACUAAAUUACAGCUUUCGAUGACUAACUCCGGUGAAGAACCAACUUCCAGUGCUGUGAUGAGGAUCAAAGAAGAGACAAGAGAGCAGUUGAAGCUAGCAAUGGCUGAGAAGGCAAUGGCUGAGGAGGCAAGACAGCAAGCGAAGAGACAAAUGGAGUUAGCUGAGGAGGAGUUCACCAAUGCGAAGCAUGUCCGGCAACAAGCUCAGGUGGAGUUAAACAAGGCUUACAUGUUGAGAGAUCAAGCUACAAGGAAAGUGAACUCAAUUCUUCUACAAAUAACUUGCCAAGCUUGUAAACUAGACUUCCAAACAACUCCGGUGAACGCCGACGAGGUCUCACUCGCCGCCAGCCAUGUUUCAUCUGUUGUCACACAGGAUGACCGGAGGGUCUAAACAGUAUAUAAUACAUAGUGACAGGGGUGCAUGUAACUAUCUUUCAACGUGUUUCUCAAUGUGAUCAUCAUCAUCAUCAUCAUCAUCGUGAUCAUCAUCUUUUUUAUUUUUAUUUUUA